UAGUGUUUUACGCGUCCUAAUACAAAUAACGUCCUAAACGAGAAGACGGCGUCAAUCGGCGUUAUUGUAGUCGCUUUAAUAAAAACGCUCUGAGACAAGUCGGUGUUUAAAUUUAUACACAUUUGUUUAUUCUUAAUUUAUUUUUGAAAUUUUCUUGAAAACUGAUUUGUGGUGUUGUAAUCUAAACGGGGAUCAACGGAGAUGUCUGGACGGAAAUGUUUAAUGUGCAAACUAAUUACAUUAUCAAUAAUUGGUACGACAGCCACUCUACUAUUUUUCAUCUCCCUAAAUGUCAACUAUCAGUGGGAGCUGGCCAAAGAACAUGUACGUUUUCGUAGUGGCAUGCCUUCGCAGGCUAAUUGGAUUACCUCUCCCUAUGGCCGCCUAAAGGUUUAUCUCUUCAAUGUCACCAACUCCGAAGAGUUUCUGAAUGGCACCGAUACUCGCAUUAAAUUCGAACAAGUCGGUCCCAUUGUCUAUAAACUAAAGGGCCACAAUGAGAUUGUGCAUCAAUCACACGACACUCUCACUUAUCGCAAGAUACGUUAUGGCGAAACUGCAUUUGAUCCGGAAUCAAGUUGUUCGCCUGAUAUUCUCAAUCAAACAAUUAUUUUGCCGAAUCUAGUGUUGCUGGGUGCUGCGGCCAAACUGCACGAUUGGGUGUUUUUGGUGAGACAUGCCUUCAAUGCCAUCACCAUUAAUGAAUCGGUGUUUUUGACGAAAAGUAUUAAUUAUUUCUUGUGGGACUUCAAAUUGCCGGCAUUGAAUAUGUUGUCGAAUUAUGUGCCAAAUAUUGUUGCCAAUUGCGGUAUGCUGUUCAAUGCUCUUCGUGAAAAGAAUGAGGAAUACAAUGUCCGCAUUGGCCUAGACAAUGGCAUGGAAAAUUUUUUCCGUGUCAACACACUCAACAAUAAAACCUAUUUCCACGAAAGAAGUUCACAAUUGAAACGAGAUCGUAGAGCUGACGACUAUUGUCCCGUCAAAUUCGACAAUGCCUUUGAUAAUUCCUUGUUUCCACCCUUCCUAAAACCGGGCAGAGAUUUCAACAUAGUGGCCAUCGAAAGUUGUCGCACAUUAAAAAUGAAAUACGAUGAAAUUGUUGAGCAUAUGGGUCUGAAAAGUUAUCGCUAUACGAUUGGAGAGACUGGCGAUAUGUCUGGCUGUUUGGACUCUUCAAUGGGUAUAAAAUUGCCAAAGGGUUUAUUCGAUGUAUCCAAGUGUUUGUUUAAUGAUGUUCCGUCUGCUUUCUCGGCUCCUCAUUUCUAUGGCACUGAAUAUAAUUACUCGGCUCAUUAUGAAGGUCUUAAUCCCAAUAAACAUGAGCAUGAGGCUCAUAUUAUAUUGGAACCCAUAACGGGUAUACCUAUCGAAGAGAAAUAUAGAUUCCAGUCAAACAUUCCCAUGCCCGAUAUGAAGGGCUAUAAUAAGGACUUACAAAAGUUUAACAAAAUGAUUAUACCAAACUUUUGGUAUGAAUAUGACUUGGAUGAUCUGCCCUCCAUAAUUCAAUUCUUAAUUAAAUUUAAUGUUAAAAUAGUUCCUAUUUUACAGCCCAUUUUAAUGGGUCUAUUUGUAAUUUUAGCUAUAUAUUGUUACCUUAAGAUCUAUUUAUUAGUAAAACAAUUAACAUUAAGUGAUAUUUUCCGUAAAUGCUGCAAACGUAGUAAGUAAGUAAGUUAGUUAUAAGUUACUAAAUAGCAAUAAUAAUAAAAAAUAUUAAAUAAAAUUAAGUCAUUCAUUAUAAUUUAAUAAAUUUUGUAGACAUUUAUUGUAUUUUAAA